GUGAACUGAGCUGUUUUCUGUCCUGUAGUUCCCUGAAUAUAGAGACACUCAGUCUCACAGCUUCACUCUCAGCAGACCGCCGGCGACAUACACUCAUUUUUAUGACUACAACAUAUCGCAGCAAGGAAUAUUUUUCUCCUUUUCGCCUCCAUUAAUUAUUUACUGUGAGAAUUUGUUGGAUUAUUCGUUGGACAGUUUUUUCAACCGUUUUACCAAACUGAUCGCGAUUCUUAUGAUUCUCUUUAAUUCAAGCAUCAACAGGGCUGCUGUCAGUCAAAAAUGGUUGCCCGAGCAUUGACCAUUUUCCAUCAUGAGGAACAUGAAGCUUCAUGCAGCCAACAUUCCUCUCCUAAACGCAGUGACCCAGCAGGGGACCUCCGCUGCAUCACCACCACUUUCCAGUAUCUACAGACUUCAGGCUGGUACUGGCGAUCCAUCUCAGCGAGUGAGGCCCGGGAAGCUCUCCUACAACAGUCUGAAGGCACGUUUCUGGUACGUGACAGCAGUCAUCCUCAAUACAUGCUGGCCCUGUCAGUGAAGACCCGCUGUGGACCCACCAGCAUACGCAUAAACUACAGCAGGGGCUCCUUCUGGCUGGACUCUGUUUCCCCCAGCCUGCCUCGCCUGCAGUCCUUCCCAGAUGUUCACAGCCUCAUACAGCACUACACGGCCUCAGGCCACACGCCGCAGGGCCAGGCGUCUGAUGACAUUCAUCCCCAGAUGAACCCUGAUCCUGCCAAGUACACGGCUAAGGACAGCGUAGUGCCUCUAAAGUUGACGCACCCCCUGCAUAAACCAGAGGCCUUCCCUUCUUUGCAACACCUGACGCGCCUCACCAUCAACAGACAUGCAAACUGCCCCAACCAGCUGUCACUCCCAAAGCCUCUGCUGCACUACCUGCAAGACUACCCUUUCCACAUAUGAGGGUCUCUGCCCCUCUGGUGCAGGGCACAGAGACAGGAACGUGGGUCAGUGUCACACUCCAUGACCACAAACACACUGUGAAUCUGGGACAGUUUGACACCCCAGGCAACAUGAAUGUCCUAGAGGGAGCAUAUUGAAACGAAUGAGCUCAGUCUUACUACAAAAUUAUAUUUUUGAUUAUUUCAUAUGUCGAUUUCAGCUACUGUAAAUUGAAUUUAUUUUUACAAUGCCAAUAUACAAGUUAAUUUCUCUUCAUUUGUGCCAGUUCCCACAAAUAAAAAGAGAAAGUUUCAGACCAGUGGUCCCAAUUGUUUCAAAUAAAUCCACCCAAACGUUAAUAAUAAAACAGUGAAAACGUAGCUACGGGUUGCUUUGUUGUUCCUAAAGAGAUAUCAUUCGAAAUAAUAAAAAAAUUUGUCUGAGGAACUUUGUUUUUCUUUGCAUUUUGAGCUCAUUAUGUGGGAUCUGAGGUUUGCAAAGAAACAAAGCAAUGUUUAUUUACUCUUCAUGAAAUCAAUGAAACCAUGGACCAUGGAUAAGCAAACAGUGAUAAACAGGGCAAAAAGAAGGUCUGCAAACCGUUAGGCUCCAAAUAAAUAGUGUAUUUAUCAUUUUAAGACAAUGUUUCUAUCUUUAAGAUCUCCCUCAGGCAUGCCUACAGUGAUGUUAUGAAACACUUUUGGAAACACUAUGUGAUAUGUGUUAUGGCUGUCCUGAUACAGCAUGUGUUUUUAUCAUUAUUUUGUUUGGGUCAAGAGAUCCGUUCCCUGAUGAGUGUCACUGUUAUGACUCUUCUUCUUUCUGCAUGUCUAGAUUUUAAUGGACAUACUGAAAUCUGAUCAUAGUAGAAUUAAGAAUUCAAACAGUUGAGAGUUCAUUGAUAAGACAAUUUUUUAUGAGGCCAAGCUGACUCUAUUUGACAUGCAGACCGGAGGGCCAGAGGUGGGUGACAAGCAAUUAAAAAAGGUAUUAAUAAAACACAGGCUAAAGUGUGCAUUUUGUUUUUCUUUUAUGUGCAGAAUCCUUUUCCUAAAAAAACAAAUUCUUAGAAAAUCAUUACCAGCAUGAAAAUCAAAGGCUGUUUGUUGAAAAAAAACCUGUUGUCGGCUAUUUAAAGACAUCUGUUUACAAACUGUUCACUGUUAAAAGACUGGCACCUUGAACAUCCAGAUAAAUGUGGUUAUUCGUACUGAUUUCACA